CACAUCACCCUCUUAACUUCUCCUCUUUAUAUAAUACAACUAACUACACACAAUACAAAUAUAUAGUCAUUUAUUAGUUAGUAUUUAUAAUAUAUUAGCUGUAUUUUUUACCUAAAGUUUCUUAUAUAGUUCUCUAAAUCUUCUUUGGAAAAGUAAAACAAAAAAAAAAUAAUUAUGGAGUUUUACACAUAUCUAAGUGGUGGUUUUCCUCGUUACACAAUUGUGUCAUCAUUUUGUAUGAGGGAUUUGAUUGAUAGAGCUAAAGAUCUCUUCAUAUUUGCUGUGUCUUCUAUUAUUGGCAAUGUGUUCUCUGCUAUUUUCACAUUUUUCUUUGCAUUAGUGGGCACCUUAUUAGGAGCAUUGACAGGAGCUUUGAUAGGUCAAGAGACGGAAAGUGGAUUUAUUAGAGGUGCCGCGGUUGGAGCCAUUUCUGGUGCUGUUUUCUCUCUUGAGGUCUUCGAGUCAUCUCUGUUACUAUGGCAAUCCGAUGAAUCCAGAAUUGAAUGUGUUCUUUACUUGAUUGAUGUAAUAGCCAGCCUAUUAAGUGGUAGACUUGUUCGUGAGCGGAUUGGUCCAGCGAUGCUUAGUGCUGUGCAAAGUCAGAUGGGAGCUGUUGAAACUGCGUAUGAAGAAGUGCCUAACAUUUUCGAUACAGGUGGGGCAAAAGGUUUGCCUGGACAUUUUGUGGAGAAGAUUGCCAAGGUUGUAAUCAGCAACGACAACAAUGUGGAUGAUACAGGGGAGAGAGUCUCCUGUUCAGUCUGCUUACAGGAUUUUCAACUGGAGGAAACUGUUAGAUGUUUGCCACAAUGUCAUCACAUGUUUCACCUUCUGUGCAUCGAUACAUGGUUACUCAGACAUGGCUCUUGUCCAUUGUGCAGACGAGAUCUAUAAGUGAUUGUACUCGGUAUAUAAUUAUAAGGUUAUAUAAUUUCUUCAUACUUGAAGGUAAUGGUUUCCCUCUGUGUUCAUCAUCACAUACAAUAUAUCCAGGAAACCUGUGUAAUUAGUAUGGUCAUUGUAGUCGAUUACCAUCUUGUAGAAAGAAUUUUGAGCUGUUAUAGUGCUCACUACUUUCACUAAGUAGUAUUUUUGUAUCAGCGCGCUCAUGUUUUGUGCACACUGUCAUGUAAGGAUCGGUUUACUCUAUCUAAUUACUUACAGAACAAAAGAGUUUUCUGGUGAAA